UUCCAACAGCAGGGUGUGUAAUUUCCUGAGAAACGAAAGUUAACAUGACUAGACCUGGUCGAAUAAAAGAAGAAGGUGGUACUUCACUGUAAUUUGCUGAGGGAUAAUGUUUAGGCUGCGUUCUUACCCUAUCCAGUAUUACUUGUGAUGUUUAAUAGAGAUAAACUCCCCAGAUCAAAGAAUUUUUUUGAUUUUCUAAGCUGGAAAAUCUGUCGUACAAAGUGAGAAUUCCUUUGACCAAUCUGGAUCACGUGUGUGAUGACUGAGAGUGGCUUCACAAUGGACAAUUCAGAUGAGGAAGAGGAGUUCCAUGAUGCAGUGGACAUCGUCUUUGAGCCUCACUGUAAGGAAGAAGAUUUUCUGACAUCACCACAGUCUGACUUGUAUCCUGAGUCUACCUUGGGCCUACUCUUGGUCGGACAUGCCCAGAACACCUCACUGAGAAGGCGCCCAGGAGACAUCUUAGUCAAAUGCCUGAACCACCUCAACUGACUCCUUUUGAUGUGGAGUAACUACUCCCAAUCCCCUCUCGAAUGACUACACUCUUUGCUCGAUUUCUAAAGGAGAGGCCAGCCACCCUUAAGAGAAACAGGAUGAUUUCAGUACAGGCAAUGAGAAUGUUCCUCCUGGUAUGGCACCUAUCAGCGAAGACUCUGCCCCUGUAGAUAGUGAGGCACUAAAUCCAGGGACAAUGCAUGCUUCCAGUGCUGUGCGGAUAGCAGAAAAUGCAAAUGAAAGCCCAGCAUCCUCUGUCUUUACAGAAACACACUUGGAGAGCUUAUUAAAGGAUCUCGGCUUGGACCAGCACUACACAAUGAAGUUGUCACUCAGCAAAAUACUCGAAAUUGAUGAAAAGACCAUUACGAGUGAACCUGCCAAAUGUAAAUCAGACCUUAAGUGGUAUUUUUUAAAGAAAUUGAUGAUGGCUAAUGUCACAGCUAGGAAUGUGAAAUAUACCUCUAUUUGUGAGUCAAACUAUGAUGAUGAUGAAUCACUGAGUACAAGGUUGAAUCUAAAAAAUCUUGUAGAUAGUAUAACCCCUGUGUUUGGCUUGAACCCACUUGACAUAAUCACUGCUCUCUUUCUGUGUUCUGAUGGUUUCCUACAGCAGGAAAUGGCACUCAAACUUUCCAUGUGUCAGUUCUCUGUUCCUCUGCUGCUUCCAAAUUGUGACACCAAUCAGAGCACACUCAUGCUGUGGGCCAUGAGAGACAUUGUUAAAAAGUACAGACCUCAGUCUCUGUCAGAAUCCAAGGGCUUCAUUGAAGACAGACUUGUUGUCUCUGAACUUCCAAUGAUCUCUUUUGUCAGACUGGGUGAGUGCUCCUUGUCCAAGUCAGCACUUCUCAAUAAACUUCUGAGCAAUUCUCAGCAGUACCAUGACACCUUUGUUCACCGCAACAUGGAGUGUGGUGACAGUCCAAGAAGAAUAUCCAACGGACUGACUGAAAUUACUUGGUAUCUUCCUUGUGGAAGCACAAACAUUGAUAUUUUCAGUCAGCCAGUGGCUGUAGCUAACCUUCGUGGGGAUAUUGCUUCAUUUGAAACACAAUACUCCUUUCUGUGUCAGACAUCUGCAGCAGUUUUUGUGUUUUUUGACCAUUUAGACUCUGAGUGGGAAUUCAGUCUACUUACCAACCAAAACCAUAAGGCACAGAUUUUCUUAGUGGGUAACUAUGAAAGCAAGAGUUUCAGUUUAGAUGCUUUAGAAAAGGUAGCAAUCAAGUUGGGCUUGACUAACAGCAACAUCAUUAUUAAGACAAAAACAAAAAAUGAAGCAGACUUCGUCAAAAUUUUGAGGAAAACAGUCAGUGAUGUAGUUGCCAACUCAAGGAUGAAGAUGCCAGUAGAUAAGAUGGCACACAUUGCCCAUGAACUGGGGAUCCUUGUUGAUGAAGACUCUCCAGAGUGCCAGACUGCAAAGACAAAUGCAGAUGCAAUUACUGCAGACAUACAAGACAUCCAUAGAUUCAAAGAAGAUCAGCUUCCACGACAAGGUGAAAUAUGGAAAGAACUGACCUGUUUAGAGAAGGAAGAAUUUCGCCUUCAAAAAGUUGGAUCUGAAAACAUUGAAGAUUACAAAAGUGAACUUCAACUGCAGAAAGAAGAACUGCGGAAAACGCAGAACUCCUAUGACAUGUCGACAGCUAUGACAUGUUUCAUCAAUGCAAUAUCAAGCCCAGGAACAGAGAGGUUUUAUUUCCUGAAAUGGAUGCGAAUGAACCUGGAUAACGUGUCUCGUAUAAAACUGUCUGAACUUCGAGAGAAAUAUAAAGAAAAAUGCAAGAACUCUGAGAACAAAGAGGAGAUCAAGGAGAUUGACAGACAAAUUUCCAACAGCUCACUGGGGACUGAACACUUCUUCCGUGAAAUGGGUCAGAUCUAUGAAGCUUCACUAUCCCUUCCAGAAACAGAUCCAUCACGUCAACAGCUGCAGCAUCUGCCCAAACUGUGUGCAGAGUUGUUGCUUGAUGGAUUUCCUCUUGAGCUUGUAGAUGGAGAUGCAUCCAACAUCCCUCUCAGAUGGGUGAGUGAUGUUCUCUCUCAGCUCAGUGACUUGGUGUCUCCAAACAGAAAGAUCCUGGUAGUCACAGUUCUUGGAGUUCAGAGCACAGGAAAGUCCACUCUCCUUAACACCAUGUUUGGAGUGCAGUUUGCAGUCAGCAGUGGUCGAUGUACUCGAGGUGCCUUUAUGUUGCUCAUCAAAAUCAAUGAAGACAUGAAAAAAGUCCUAAACUGUGACUUCAUGGUGAUCAUUGACACUGAGGGCUUAAAGUCACCAGAACUUGCACAACUGGACAACAGCCAUGAGCACGACAAUGAGCUUGCUACACUUGUUAUAGGGCUGAGUGAUGUCACCAUUGUUAAUAUUGCAAUGGAGAAUUCAACUGAAAUGAAGGACAUCCUACAAAUAGUUGUGCAUGCUUUUCUCAGGAUGAAGGAGGUGGGCAAAAAGCCAAAAUGUCAGUUUGUUCACCAGAAUGUGUCCGAUGUUUCAGCCCAUGAGAAGAACUUACGAGACAGGAAACUGCUCCUGGAACAGUUAAAUGAGAUGACCCAGGCAGCAGCCAGAAUGGAAAAGAAAGAGGAGAACAAGAGCUUCACUGAUGUGAUGGAGUACAGUCCAGACACUGGGAACUGGUACAUUCCUGGACUCUGGAAUGGAAACCCACCAAUGGCACCAGUCAAUGCAGGGUACAGUGAGGCUGUAUAUGAGCUCAAGAAAAACAUUAUCCAAAUGUUGGGAAACUGUGAGUCAUCUGCAAAUAAUAUCUUGGAUUUUAAAGAGUGGAUGACAAGUCUGUGGACUGCAGUAAAGCACGAAAACUUCAUCUUCAGCUUCAGAAACAGUCUAGUAGCUGAUGCAUACAUGAGACUCUGUACAGAAUUCAACAAAUGGGAGUGGGAAUUCAAAAAAGAAAUGUACACCUGGGUAACAAACGCAGAAACUAGAAUUUCCAAUUUUGGUACAGUUGCUGUAAAAUCUGAAUCUUCUGUCAUGACAGAAUUUCUCACAUCUUUGAAAAGCGAAGCCUCCACAGUGCUGUCUACAUGGGAGACAAGACUUCUCGAAAAUCUGACACAGUAUUUUCAGCAAACAGAGGGUCAUGUUUAUCUUGUAGAAGGAUACAAAGAGGAAUUUUCAAACAGUGUAAAGAGUCUUCGGCGUGAAAUGGAAAGGAGUGUUUUUAAUCAGCUCACAGCAGCAGCAGAAAUCAGAGAGGGAAUGACAGAACUUGACAGAAUCAAAGAAACCCACACAAAAGAAUUGGAAGAAAGGGUGCGUGGACUGAUUGACAAAUGUCGUGAAAGGAAAGUCCAGAUGUCAGACAAUGAGUUAAACAAAGAAUUUGAUAAGAUGUGGGAUAAAACUGUGAGGGAACUGUCUAUUUCCAAAACAACGGUCAGUAAUGUUUACAGCAAUGUGUUUCACCAUCUGAGAACAAAUUUGUCUCACAAGGGAAGUCAUGCAAGUCAGUUGUUACAUAAAAAGAAAAUGGAAAAUUGUGGACUAGUUCCCUUCAAAUAUACAGUAGAAGGUUUCUGCAAUCAGCUUAAACACAAAGUCACACAUAAGUUCUGUAAGCUCUUCAACAUUGAAGAUCAUGCAAUGGCUGUACAAAAGGUAGCUGACAGCAUCAUUUGUAAUUGCAGUCAGUUUGUGACUGAAAAAAUUGAAGGCAAAAACAACUACCAUGAGACAUAUAUCCAGGAGAUCCUACACAUCAUUGAUGAGAGUCUACAAAAAAAUCAGAAUACUGAGACAGACAUUGAGUUUGAAGUUUCUCUAAAACAGCACAUCUGUGGAUUUGCAGCCAGAGAGUUUCAGAAAAUGCAUGAAGAUUUCAUUCAAGCAAAUGAUCCCUACAGAUGUCUGAUGAAAAACAAGGAAAAGUUUUGUGAGGAUUUCAUUGAUGUCUUCCAUAAACGAGACCAGUGUCAGAAGAAGGCAGAAGAAUUCACCAACCAGUGCUUGAAGCCUGCUGUUAAAUGCUUUGUCAGUCAUUCCCUUGGACCUAAUAUUAUUGAUGAAAUGCUGACUUGUGAGCAGUUCAGCACACGGAUCUCUUUCCAGUAUUCAAUUUUACUGGAUUUGCUUUCCAAAAAAACAUUUAAAAAGUAUCUGAGAUAUAUUUGCUCAUAUGAGGAUUAUGUAAAAGAACUGAUACUCAAACAAAUAGUGGAGCAUUUCUCAACUGUGUCCACAAUAUCUGAGUUUGAGGACCAACAUCUCCAGUCAUGUAUCAGAAGCAUAAACAAUGCCAUCAAUAAAGCCAAAAAUGGAAAGAGUGGCAACUUGAAGACAUUUGUUGAAGAUAUUUGUAAAGAACUUGGUGAUAAACUGGUCAUUUCCCAGGAUGCUCUUGGUGCUUUCAUGAUCCUGAACAACGCUGACAAGAAACAGUUUGCUGACUGGCUCACAGUGUCUGUGAAUGAGAUGGCACAAGAUCUGAGAAAUGAGUUUGAAAAAUCCAACUUUGAAACUAAACUAAAACACCUUAACAUGAAACCCCAGAAUGAGCUUUUCAACAGAGUGAUCGGUUGUGGCAAACAGUGUCCAUUCUGUGCAGUGCCUUGUGAGGCAGGAGGAAAUGCCCAUACUGAGCACUGGGCUUCACUGCAUAGGCCACAGGGUCUAGGUCAGUUCAGAUGGACGGAUACAGAUAAACUUGUCACUGACAUAUGCUCUUCUCUCGUGAUCAGUGAAAAGACAUUUUCCUGCUUUUCUACAAACUUUAUUCCGCACCCUUAUAAGAAAUACAAAGAUAUUUUCCCAGGUUGGAAAAUCCCUCCAGAUGUAAGCCUUGAGGCAUCAGACUACUGGAAAUAUGUAAUGGAAAAGUAUAACAGGGACUUUGCCAAUGAAUUUAAUGCUGAACUUGCUGAUAUUCCCCCAACCUGGAAAAAUAUUAAAUACAAAAAGGCAAAAGAAAGCCUGAAAGAGUCCUUUAACAUCAUGUGAGAUUAACACUCAGGAAAAAUCUUGACAAGAGAUAUGCAUCCGUCUCUAUUGUGAAUUUUAUUUCAUGUGAUUUUAUUCUUUUCAGUGUCAGUUUCAAUAGGUCUCCAAAAAUUUACAUAAAACAAAGUAACCAAUACUAUCAGUGCACCUACAUACUAAUUUGGAAGACUGUUAGAAAAUCACUAAUCACUAUAUUUACUACUCGUUUCACAAUUUAUAUUAAAACGCUUUAAAUCUAUGCUUAUGUUGAUGAGAAUAUUCACAUUUUUUAUGUCUUUAGUCAAAUCUGACCUUAAAUACAUUUUCUGAUACAGUAGCUUUUAUUGGUUAGUCUUGUUUCUGUAAAGCAUCUCAUGUCAAAUAUUUAAAAAAAAUUUUUUUCAAGAACUGGGUUUGUCAUUGUUGAAAUGAAGAGUUUUGUAUCUGAGUUUAUGCAUGAUUGUUUUACUCUGACUUCCAAAAUCUGUUUCCUAUUUUUGAAGUAUCUUAUGUUAAAUAGAUGUAUUUGUACUGCGUGUGGAACUGUAGCACAUUAUAAAAAAAUUAUUAUUGUAUUAUUGUACAAAAUUUAAAUUAUUCCAACUCCGGUUUAUUGAAAUAUAUGAUGCCAAAAUGCUAAUACUUUAAGGAAUCUGAUCUGUCAUUAAUUAUUUAUGUGAUAUUUCCAACAUAAUAUAAUUUUUUUUCUUCUCUUUACUGAUUGAAUAAAAAGACAAAAUUGACUGUCUGGAUACGAAUGUCUUUGUGGUGGCAGGAUGUGAUUUGUGCAGGGGAGGGAUGGGGAAGAGGGUUCAAGGCAGUGCCAGGAGAGGCAUGGCGGCCAGCCAUCCUCUAAUCAUGACUCUAAAAUUCUUACAGUAGUUGUGUGUGGUGGCCAGAAACAGCAAUGAGAAAGAAAUUUGUCUCAAAAAUGUUACAAAUGAAUAUGGUAUGAUCUGCAAGCAUAAAAGAAAAUAAAAAAUCUGUAAAAACUU